CUCCGGGUAAGAUGGCAGCGGACGGACAGUGCUCGCUCCCCGCUUCAUGGCGGCCGGUGACCCUCACCCACGUCGAAUAUCCUGCAGGGACGCUGAGGGCCCCAGGGCCGGAUGCCAGAGAACUUUGACCCUGGGUGCUCUGGGUUACCCUGGGGAGGGGCGGCCCUGCCAGUGGCUGGGCUCUGCUCCCUUACCUGUCCAUCAUCUAUCCAUCCAUCCAUUCAGCCAGUACCCAGUGACAUCUCCGGCCACCUCCUUGCCUACCUGAGCCUCAGCCCUGUAUUUGUCAUCGUUGGUUUUGUGACCCUCAUCAUUUUCAAGCGGGAGCUGCACACGAUCUCGUUCCUCGGGGGCCUGGGCCUGAACGAGGGGGUCAACUGGCUGCUCAAACACGUCAUCCAGGAGCCGCGGCCCUGUGGAGGCCCCCACAGUGCAGUGGGCACCAAGUACGGGAUGCCCUCCAGCCAUUCCCAGUUUAUGUGGUUCUUCUCUGUCUACUCCUUCCUUUUCCUGUAUUUAAGAAUGCACCAAACGAACAACGCCAGGUUCUUGGACUUGCUGUGGAGGCACGUGCUCUCCCUGGGGCUCCUCACCGUGGCCUUUCUAGUCUCCUACAGCAGGGUCUACCUGCUGUACCACACCUGGAGCCAGGUGCUCUAUGGGGGCGUCGCUGGGAGCCUCAUGGCCAUCGCCUGGUUCGUCUUCACCCAGGAGGUCCUCACCCCGCUGUUCCCCAGGAUAGCAGCCUGGCCUAUCUCCGAGUUCUUCCUAAUCCGAGACACAAGCCUCAUUCCCAACGUGCUCUGGUUUGAGUACACGGUAACCCGGGCAGAAGCCAGGAACAGACAACGCAAGCUGGGGUCGAAGCUGCAGUGACUAGUGAGUGCGGCUGGGUCCAGCUUCCAGAUCUGGCCUGCACGAUGCCUUGCAGGAUGGACAGAGUGAUGGACAGAGGGACAAAGCAGAGGCCUCUACAGACCCAAGUCACCAAGUGGAGCCUUUUUUUUUUCUUAUUUUAAUUUUAAUGAACAAGGUGGACCAAAGGGCUGAGCCAGCCCCUUAAUCAGGACCCUGGAGGGCCUGCCGCCCAAGGCCACACAGCCCGUGACCCCUUGCUGUGCUGCGGCCAGCCCCAGCCAGGUGGAAAGUGUCCUUGGCGUGGGCACCAGGUGUGGGGUGGAGGAGCAGGGCUUGCACUGAUCUUGGGGCCAGGAAUUCCAGGUGGCGUGGAAAGUACACACUAUUUAUUUUUUAGUUUUGUCCAAGGCAGGUGGGAUCUUUAGAUGGGGCUGGAGGAGCCUGCUCUGCAGUGACUGUCCUGUGUACAGAGGGGCCCAGUCAGCUCCCUAAGCCCUUUGCUCUGAGCCCAGGGGGCCCACUGCCUGUCCCUGGGCCUGUGGGAUGGCCUUGGGGGACCAGAUGAGGGGAGCGUCCCCGUGCCCUUUCUGCCACCAUUGCCAUUCCAGAACCUUGUUCAGUGUCUCCUCGUCUGGGGCAGGGCCCAGGGCGAGCACGCGUCUGGCGGCUGCUACCCUUGUGUUCUACCCGUAUUGACCUGCACCAUAAGGGCUUUCUCUGGUCCCCGUCCCUAAGACAAUAGACCCUUCCUGACAAAAGAGCGUGCACAUGUGGGUGAGCGGCCCAGGCUGUUUACAGCUCUUUCUCGUCCUGCCCUGCAGUAGCCGUCACCCCCCUCGAGCAAAUGCGAAGGAGCCAGAGCUGGGAUGAGGGCUGAUGCAGCCGGUGCCCGGUCCCCUGCCCUUCCCCGCGUGCUCGCAGCAUGUUCUCGUCCUUCCUGACCUCACCUCCAGCAGGCUGGGAACCUUUUGGGGUCACCCUCGAGCCUGUGUCCAAGUGUGGGCUCGCAGACCCCCACCAGCCCGGCUCAGAGGAGGGCUUUUCUUGAAGGGACCCCACCUCUAAGUUGCUCUGAAACAGAGUCGUGGAGGGCAGGUGCUCCCAGACUCGCAGACGUUUCGAGAACUGAACCAGGCCCUUCGGGGCCUGCGUGUGACUCCUCCCCCUCCUUUUUCUUUGUGGCGGCUCCUAAUCUGCUGCUGAAGCACAAUAUUUUGGUGCUUUUCUCAUUUGUGAAAGACGGUGUCCAAAAGCCAUUCCAGAUGCCAGGGGCAGGGGCUCAUUUCUGGGGAAGGUAGGGCAGUCCCCAUGUUUCCCUCACCUUUCCUUAUUAUUUUUAUUUUUUACUUUUUUGCCUGAGACAAGCCAAGUGUGAGGUGGUUUGAUUCAAGAAAACUCGAUGAAAUUGUUUACUAUUGUUUUAAAAUAAAAUCUUGAACUCUG